AUGCAACUCAGCGAUGGUUCCGCCACCUCCAAGACCGCACCCCCGCUACCCACCUCCAAUCUCACGCCAGCCGAGCGGGCCACGGCCCGCUUCGCAGUCACCGGCAACGCCAUCAUCACCGGCGGGGCCGGCGAUAUCGGCUCCGUCGCCUGCAGAGCUCUGUUGGAGCACGGCCUCCAGGGUCUCGCCAUCUUUGACCUUCACCCAGACGCGGGACAGGCAAUCGUCAAUGAUCUUCAUUCCGAUUUUCCCGAUGCCAAAAUCACAUUUACAAAAGUGGACGUGACAGAUGCUGAGGCAGUGUCGCAGGCGGUUGCACAGGCCGAACGUGACAUCGGUCCGAUUAACCUGUGCUUUUGCUUCGCAGGCAUAGCCUUCGCUAUUCAUGCACUGGAUAUCACGCCGGAGCAGUGGCGAAAGAUGCUCGAGGUGAACACCACCGGCGCCUUCCUUGUCGCUCAAGCUGUGGCGAAGUCUAUGGUGAGCCGGGGGAGUGGCGGGAGUAUUGUUCUCAUGGCGAGCAUUUCGGCGCACAUUGUGAACUUUCCGCAACCGCAGGUUCACUACAAUGCUGCCAAAGCAGCCAUUCUAUCCAUCAAGAAGUCGCUUGCGGCAGAAUGGGCAAGGUACGGAAUCCGAGUCAACAGUAUCAGCCCCGGAUAUAUGGACACCAUCCUGAAUGAGGGCGAGGGUCUGGAAGAGCAUCGGCAGACUUGGAAGCAGAGAAACCCUUACGGUAGGAUGGGCAAGCCGGAGGAGCUGACUGGGGCUGUGAUUCUGUUGGCUAGUAGAGCCGGCAGCUACAUCACCGGAGCGGACAUUCUUGUCGAUGGAGGUAUCAGUGUCUUUUAA